UUCAAUCAGCUCUGCAGUCUAUUGCUGUCUGUUUCUACUGGUAGUACAAUUCUUUCUGUUUGUAGUUUGUAUAAUUUGCUUUUACUGUGUACUUCUCUGCUCUUACUGUAAAACUAUUUUUGGGUUUCUCUUUUAAUUUUGAAACUUUACCAAAAAUACAUUUCUGAUUUUCACGUACGUAUUCAUAACUUGGAUUUUAUUUACUGUAUAUUAAUGGUGGUCUGUGUUACUCCCGCUCAGUUUUUGCAAUGUUUUUGAAGCCCUGUCCAGACUAUCAAAUUUUGUUUGGAAAAAACCAGGGCAUAAUCAUGAAGAUAUCACACCAUGACCAUAUAUAGGCACCUUCAUGAAUAUAUAUGGGCAUACACUGUUUUUUUGUCAAAGAAAAUUUGAUAGUUUGUAUAGAGCUUGAGUUCUUUUCAUCAUAGUUUGUAAAUAAGGUAAUGUUUCUCUUCACCUUUCAUUCACUCCUAUAUUUCUUGAUUUAACACCGGUUUCUCACAGCUUAGUACUUUUUACUACUUACACUUUAUAGACACAUUUUUGGUUUGUGGUACACCCGCUCCGCUUCUAGAUAUCUUCCCUUCUGGCACUCACAAAAUCAUUUGCUUUGUUAAACCAAAAUGCACAGUAGCAGUAGCAGUACCCAUCCCAUGCCUCCACAGUAUGUAAAACAUGGUGACAGGUACAGUACGGUAUGACCCCCACCUGUAGUAGCACAAUGGGGGACAGCAGGGCAAGCAAUAAGAGAGUGUAUAAUAUCUUUCUUUCGGGUAGGCUCUAUGCUAAACACGUACACUAUUCCUACUAGUACUACACAUCUAGAUGCACCUACUGGGUCUCUGUCUUGGGCCACUACAGUAGCCUUUAUCCAAAAAGAUUGAUAAAAAUAUUUUUGGAAGCUAUAUCAUCUAUUGUAGACAACCAAAAUCUAAAAGGCAAUACCAUCUGUACAUUUGGCACAGACCCUCCACCCUAUCACUCAACCUCACUGCAGCCCCUACCCCAUUAUCGGGACCCAACACCCAACAGCUUCACAGACUUGGUCCAGGGCACUCUACUGGGUAUGGAACCCAUAACCUCCAUAUUUUGGUAUCUUGCAUACAUAACAACAGUAACAGUAAUAUGAUAAUGAAAUAAACUAAAGCAACUGAAUAAAAACCAUUUCAACAAAAUUCAACUUAAGAUGCAGUGAAAAUACAUAUUUAGUCUAAAAUGUAAUAUCAUAAUUAUAAUAUAAAUACUGAAAUUAUUGAUGUUUUCAUCUACUGAAAUUUGAAAUUUUAGAUACUGUAUUGUGUCACUUAUAAUUUUAUGAAAUAAUCACUCCAUUAUCAUACCACAACAGUAGAGUACUGUAGUGGUCCUAAGCAAAACUGUCCAGAUAUCACCUUCGCUGGUAUAGGCUCCCUUCAAUAAAUAUCAAUGUACAGUUUUUAAGAGACGUUGAUAUACAUGAUAGACUAUUUCUGGUGAUAUCCAAAAAAUUUUUUAGUUGAGAAGGAGUCUCCGAUGUGGAACACAAAUGAAAUUUUUCAAAAGUACAAUGCCAAGUAUAGUUUUUGGGAUAUCGCAUAUUUUUUAGUAUCAAUGGGUCGCCUCAUACUUGUCCAUCACUACCACACAUCACCCCUUUUUUUUAUUUUCGCUAUGAAACAAAGUGUUUUAGCAAUGCAUAGCAUUUUUGUUUUUGUAAUACUAUGCUUUACUAUUGGAGUCAGGUGACAUUAAAAAUACGAAAAUCAUCAGUGGGGUAGUUUUAUAAAAGUAAAGCAAUGAAAUGCUUUCUGAAAAAAAAAAUUAAAAAUGAAAAAAAUGAAAUGAAAAAAAAAAUUAUGAAAUGGAAAUUACCAACAUAAAAUAUGUAAUCUCUGCAUAUUGUUUCUAAAUAUUAUUUCAUUCUUGAUCAAGCCUUAUUUUCUCGUAAUUAUACAACUUAUUCUCGAUAGAAUGCUCUUGAAGAUUUAACUAAACUUUAUCCUGUAUCUUCAUUUUAUCAGAAAAAAUGCAUCUACUGUAAACUAAAAAUUAAUUUAAAAUUGAUACUUUGUAAAAAAAUUCACUUCAUUUUUAAAUUUGGCUGCCUGAAGGUUUGUGCUGAUUUCAACCAAUCAGAGCAUGGCAAAUGAUCUUGAAUUUGGAGACAAGAUAUGCAACGUGUCUAACAUAUCAGCUUUAAAUGAAUAUCUCAGCAAACACAACAUUAAUGAAAGUGGUGCUGAAUUCUGCAGUUGGAGUGAUGGCAGCAGAUGUAACAGCCUGAAUUCUAGUGAUUUGUGUAAAUGGCAUUAUACAGGUACAGGGCUAGAAUAUCAACUGCUUGUCGGACCCCUGUUUAUGGUUGUUUUAAGCUUUACGGGUGUCCCUGUAAGUUUAGUUUCAGAAGCUGGAAGCCUGAACCGCAAGAAUAUCCUGUCAAGUUGUGUUUUAUUUUGGAGCGUUGCUACUGUGUUGACUGGGUGGGCUCAAGAAUAUUGGCAGGUUGCAAUUGCUCGUAUGUCGUUGGCAUUAUUUGAAGCACCCUAUCUAACAUUUGCAUCGUCUCUUCUCACUUGUUAUUUCACAAAGAAGCAUCGCAGUAUUGUACUUGCUUCCUUAACAGCAGCUAUUUUCAUUGGAUACGCUUCAGCAUUUUUGUUGACAAUCCUGGAUGAUGCCUUGGGUUGGAGGUGGACGUUCUGGAUUAGUGGUUCUCCAGGUUUGGCCAUCAGUAUAUUGAUGUUCACUACAGUUAAAGAGCGGAAACCUGAACAGCCGAUUGGUAACAUUCAAGAGAAAGUGAACUUUAAACAGACACUACGCGAGUUCAAAUCCCCCGUACACAUCCUAUUGGUAUUCGCCAUGGUUCUGAGGAAUGCCAGUGGGUUUGUGUUUACAUACAACAUCAACAACUACUUCAACCACUAUUACCCUGAUUACCCCACAGAGGUGUUCAUGGCAUGGGGUCCAGUGGUCAGCGGGUGCUUAGGGACUUUCCUUGGUGGGAUCCUUGCAGACCGCUUGGCCAGACGCUGGGGAACCAUUGGACGAUUUAUUGUAAUUAUAUUAAGUUCUUUUUUAGCUGCUCCUCUGUUUGUUGGUGCUCUGACAACCCCUCCACCAGGUGCAUUCUAUUGGUUGUUAAUUGCUGGAUGUGUUUCUGAACUUUGGAUAGGUGUUGGUCUCUCAGUGGUGAUUGACAUUGCACCUGUGCAAAUUCAAACCUCCUGUCUGGCCAUCUAUUUCUUCAGUUACAACAUGAUUGGCGGUAAUUUUAACCUGAUGGUGACGCCAAUGAAGAAUUCAUUUGGAUGGCGUUGGACCAUGGUUGGACUGGUUGCUGGUUCACUCAUCAUUGCUGUCAUCCUUUUUAUCAUAGUUGCAUGUUUGUUGAAAUUGAAAUCGUCAAGAAACAUGUCAGAUGAAGACAAGUCUUCUUGAUGUUUAGCUUUUAUCAAACAGUUGUGUACAUAAUGAAUAUUUUAUAAUUUUAUUAGUGUUGUACCAUGUCAUAUUUUUUUGUAAAGCCCUAUGAUAACAUUUGCAUUCUGUUGUAUGCCCGUAUAUGUGCCUAUAGGGUCAUGGUGUGAUGUCAUCAAGACCGUAUUUAAGCAUACCACAUGUUUUUGGUAAGAACAAUUUUACACUGUGUGUAAUUGUAAUGUUAUAUAGACAGAAAAAUUAAUAUUCCUCUAUGCCAAAAUUCAAGGCAAUUUGGAAGUACAUUGAUUGUCCAUGUGUAAAGAGAUAGCUAGGCAGAGAUUAUUUACAAAGGAGAUGGGCUUUGCCCCAUGAGAGUGCACGCACAGAUGCAUGCGAAACAGUUUUAGAGGCCUCAUGAUCCUUUACUUUAUAUUGACAUAUGCUAAUCUGAUAUGGGGAUGCUAGCUCAUAUAUGUUAUUACUUCGCCAUGCAAACCUUCAAACAAUACUUUGAGACUUUCUCAAUUACAACAGUUCUUUUCAGAACUACCUACGUGGUGUACCGCAAGCUUCAACAUAUAGCUCAAAUUUACUAACUUGAAUCCUGUGAAAAAAAAUUAUUAAUAAGAAUGGUUUAUGAUUUAAAGAACCAUUUUACAUAUUAUUUUACAGUACUAUUAAAAAUUCAGUCGGAGUUGGAAGAGGAAAAAUGGGCAUGUUUAUUGUAUUUAAAUACAAUACUGUACUGUGAAAGUAAUAUAAAAAGUUUUUGAUAAAAACUAGCAAGGAUGCAAUAUGUAUAAUAACUGUUGGUAUUAAAUGUUCAUAUAUCAAUAUUUUAUAUACCUUUUUAAAAAUCAAUUUUAUUCGGUCAUGUAAGAUAUUAGUAUACAGUGCUCCCUGUAUAAAAAUAUUCCAUUUACUAUAUUUUGAAAUACCUGUACCAACAAUCAUUCAGAUACUUAAAUAGAUAAUUAAUUAUUUAAGUCGUGCCGAUAAUUAUGUAUUACAUUUUAACAUUUCAUAAUCCCAUACCAUCAUGGUAUUUUCAAAUAUAAACAGUCAUUUUUUAUGUGGACUUUUUAACGAAAACAAAUAAGCUAAUAAGAUUUUUAUGUUUGCAUUGUUGUGGAAUUUAAUGAAUUGGUUUUAAAUAGUAGACACUUACAUCAUUGCAAUAAUAACAAUAGUACACUAAUAAUGGAACAAAAAUAUUUUAUAAUUUUAUUAGUGUUGUACCAUGUCAUUUUUUUGUAAAGCCCUAUGAUAACAUUUGCAUUCUGUUGUAUGCCCGUAUAUGUGCCUAUAGGGUCAUGGUGUGAUGUCAUCAAGACCGUAUUUAGGCAUACCACAUGUUUUUAGUAAGAACAAUUUUACACUGUAUGUAAUUUUAAUGUUAUAUAGACAGAAAAAUUAAUAUUCCUGUAUGCCAAAAUUCAAGGCAAUGUGGAAGUACUGUACAUUGAUUGUCCAUGUGUAAAGAGAUAGCUAGGCAGAGAUUAUUUACAAAGAAGAUGGGCUUUGCCCCAUGAGAGUGCACGCACAGAUGCAUGCGAAACAGUUUUAGAGGCCUCAUGAUCCUUUACUUUAUAUUGACAUAUGCUAAUCUGAUAUGGGGAUGCUAGCUCAUAUAUGUUAUUACUUCGCCAUGCAAACCUUCAAACAAUACUUUGAGACUUUCUCAACUACAACAGUUAUUUUCAGAACUACCUACGUGGUUUACCGCAAGCUUCAGCAUAUAGCUCAAAUUUACUUGAACUUGAAUCCUGUGAAAAAAAUUACUAAUAAGAGUGGUUUAUGAUUUAAAGAACUAUUUUACAUAUUAUUGUACAGUACUAUUAAAAAUUCAGUCGGAGUUGGAAGAGGAAAAAGGGGCAUGUUUAUUGUAUUUAAAUACAAUACUGUACUGUGAAAGUAAUAUAAAAAGCUUUUGAUAAAAACUAGCAAGGAUGCAAUAUGUAUAAUAACUGUUGGUAUUAAAUGUUCAUAUAUCAAUAUUUUAUAUACCUUUUUAAAAAUCAAUUUUAUUCGGUAAAGUAAGAUAUUAGUAUACAGUCUUCCCUGUAUGAAAAUAGUCCAUUUACUAUAUCUUGAAAUACCUGUACCAACAAUCAUUCAGAUACUUUAAUAGAUAAUUUAUUAUUUAAGUCAUGCCGAUAAUUAUGUAUUACAUUUAAUAUACAUACCAUCAUGGUAUUUUUAAAUAUAAACAAUCAUUUUUUAUGUGGACUUUUUAAUGAAAAGAAAUAAGCUACUAAGAUUUUUAUGUUUGCAUUGUUGUGGAAUUUAAUGAAUUGGUUUUAAAUAGUAGACACUUACUUCAUUGCAAUAAUAACAAUAGUACACUAAUAAUGGAACAAAAAUGUGAUUAUUUAUUUCUACAGUAACUUUAAUUUAUCAUGCAACUACUUCAAAUAUUAUUUUAUAUAUUUUUUUAAUUUUUUAUUAUCUUUCUUUUAUUUUUAUUAAGGAGAGCAUGAAUUAAGGCAUUUGUGGUUCAUUUGCCAAUUUUGCUUACCCCUUUUUCAUUUUCAAUGAUGCAUACACUGAUAUUUGAUUUGUUUAACUUAAUUGACAUAACUUAAUUAUUUUGACUGUAUGUUAUAAUACGUAAUGUUUAUUUUCUUUAAUUGUAUGUUGAGUUGAUUUUGAAAUAAAUGAUUAAAAUGAAAUGAAAUGAAACCCAGUCUUUGCUGCCUCAUUUGAAUAAUUUUGGUAUCCCUAAAUCUAUUAACUUUUAUCAAAUGAGAAUUGUGUUCCUGAUUUUUCAUUUCAUUCACUGUCAUUAAGGAUUGCUACCAUUCUUUAAGUCAUUCCAAACCAUUUAAUGAAAAUUUCACGAUGACUACUAUUCAUGGAAGAAUUUAAGAUGACUGUAAUACAGCAU